AGAUAAAUCUUCACUAAAAUCUCCAGCUUGAGGACAACCUAUACUAUACAGUGUCCACAAAGCACCAUGGUGACAAGGACAUUUAAACACGUCAGUGGAACCUGAUCCUUAGCAACUACGAAUCGUGUGAAACAGUGCCUGACUGGCCCUGCCUUCCUGUCUCAUCAGUUUGAUUGGAUUAUGGCCGUGCUUUUCAUAUGGCACGUUUCUUGCACAGUGCAGUUGCAUAGAAAAUAAGACUCUCAAAUACCUAAAGCUGCAAAUGUUACUUAGGAAAAGAAGUUGUUCCAUGCUGGGUUUAUAUUAAGACAUGCAGACCCGAGAUUUAAAGGAGUGAAAUCCUCAGCGACCCACCUCUGGAUAUGGCAAACAAGAUAAUUACAAUCACUAGGGAUGAACUGGAAGAUCUAAGAGAGGCAUUUAACAAAGUCGAUAUUGACAACAGUGGCUACGUCAAUGAUUAUGAGCUCCAUGAAUUGUUCAGGGAAGCCAGCCUUCCACUCCCUGGCUUUCAGGUUCGAGAGAUCAUUGAAAAGAUCUUUGUGGAGGCUGACCACAAUAAGGAUGGAAAGAUAGACUUUGAAGAGUUUGUAUCGGUGAUGACAGACUUGAAAAGCAAAGACAUUAGCAAAACCUUCAGGAAAGCUGUCAACAAGAAAGUAGGCAUAACUGCAGUUGGAGGAACAUCUUCCAAUUCCAGCCAGGGCACACAGCACUCAUAUUCAGAGGAAGACAAGUUUGCCUUUGCUAACUGGGUUAAUAAAGCUUUAAUUGAUGACCCAGACCUUCAGCACUUGCUACCUUUAAACCCAAACGAUAAAAGCCUGUUUACGUCACUAAGGGAUGGCAUUUUACUUUGUAAACUUAUAAACCUGUCUCAGCCAGAUACUAUCGAUGAGAGAGCUAUAAACAAAACCAAACUCACACCAUUCACUAUUUCGGAAAAUAUAAACCUUGCUCUGAAUUCUGCUUCUGCCAUUGGCUGCACAGUGGUCAAUAUUGGAGCCCAAGAUCUGAAAGAAGCGAGGAUCCACCUAGUGCUCGGGCUGCUAUGGCAAAUCAUUAAAAUAGGACUGUUUUCAGACAUCGAAAUAUCCAAGAAUGAAGCUUUGAUUGCUUUGCUUAAGGAUGGGGAGAGUCUGGAGGAGUUAAUGAAACUGACGCCUGAAGAGCUUUUGCUUCGGUGGGUGAACUAUCACCUGGCUAAUGCUGGCUGGCCUUCAAUAAGCAACUUCAGUAAAGAUGUUAAGGAUUCCAAAGCUUACUUUCAUUUGCUGAGAGAGAUUGCUCCCAAGGAAGAUGUUUUCAUUGACUUCUCUGGAUUCAUGGAAAAUGACGACUUAAAAAGGGCUCAUUUCAUGCUCCUGGAGGCUGAUAAAAUGGGUUGCAGGCAAUUUGUGACACCAUCAGAUGUAGUUUCUGGCAAUGCUAAGCUGAAUUUAGCCUUUACUGCAAAUCUAUUUAACAUGUAUCCUGCUCUUCACAAAGUCAACAACCAUGGCUUUGACUUGAAUCAAAUCGAAGGAGAAACCAGUGAGGAGAGGACAUUCCGUAACUGGAUGAAUUCAUUAGGAGUUAACCCAUAUGUAAAUCACUUAUACAGUGACAUGAGUGAUGCUUUAGUGAUAUUCCAGCUGUAUGACAGGACUCGAAUAACAGUUGACUGGGGUCGUGUCAACAAGCCUCCAUUUUCUGCCCUUGGUGGACACAUGAGGAAGAUUGAGAACUGCAAUUAUGCUGUUGAUCUUGGAAAGAACAAGGGCGGCUUUUCCUUAGUUGGUAUAAGUGGUUCUGAUCUCCAUGAAGGAAACAAAACACUGACCCUGGCAUUAGUAUGGCAACUUAUGAGACGGUACACACUAAUUGUUUUAUCUGAUCUGGGAGGAGGACAAAAAAUAGACGACCAAAUCAUCAUCGCUUGGGUGAAUGAAACUCUGGCUGGUGCAUACAAGAAAACUUUAAUCAACAGCUUUAAGGAUUCAUCCAUUAGCACAAGCCUUCCUGUUUUGGAUUUAAUUGAUGCCAUUGAACCAAAAGCCAUUAAUCCGGAAAUGGUGAAAAGGGAAAAUCUUUCGGACGAGGACAAAAUGAGUAAUGCUAAGUACGCAUUAUCUAUCGCCCGAAAGAUCGGCGCACGGAUCUACGCUCUGCCUGAAGACCUGGUACAAGUGAAACCAAAGAUGGUGAUGACAGUAUUUGCAUGCCUAAUGGGGAAAGGACUCAACAAAUUAAAAUAAGGGGGAGCUAUUUCCUCUCCUCCUGCAGAGCUGCCAUUAUGCUGAAUGCCUCCCUCGUUUCUGUGUAUUAAAGAUAAACAAAUGUCCCAGCCAGAGCUGCCCGUGUUAUGAUUUAGUGAAAAUGAAAUGUCGCUGAAUUAUUAACAAAUGCAUUUGCUCUGGUUUUACUUUGGGCCCAGGAAGCGACUAUCCUUUAGCCUGCCAAUACAAAGACAUUAUCUCAAUUAUCAUGAUCGCAUUAUUUCAUUUAGUCAUUGACAAGCAGCCAUUUAGUUUUCUGAGAUACCAAACCCUCUAAACAAGCUAAAGUGGUUAGGCAAAUGUAAAAAUAACAAAUGCAGCAACAAGAAUAUUUCAACAACGACUAUAAAGUAGAAUUCAUAUAUACAGGUAUGGGAUCCAUUAUCAGGGAACCUGUUAUCCAGAAAGCUACGACUUAUGGAAUUGCUGUCU